AGCUAGUUGAAGCCCAUUUCCAGAGUCUCUCUCUCUCUCUCUCUCUCUCUCUCUCAUAUAUAUAUAAACAGCCAUUUCUUAGCUCUGUUUCUAAAGCAGAGCAACCAUGGGAGUGGCCAUGGAAACCAUUUUGCAUUCGCUGCUUUUCUUGGUAAAUGUCAUUCUUUUAUCUGUUUCUUGUGUAAGAGGGGAACAGUACAGCUCUGCUGUGGGAGACCCAGGAAUGAGAAGAGAUGGACUGAGAGUGGCCUUUGAAGCUUGGAAUUUCUGCAAUGAGGUUGGCCAAGAAGCUCCUGGUAUGGGAAGUCCAAGAGCUGCUGAUUGCUUUGAUCUCUCAAGUAAGCACAACCGCCAUAGAAGAAAACAAGCAGAACUAAAGAGUCCUAAACUUAAGCACAAAGUAACAGAAGCUGAUAACAAACUUGGGGUAGGCAAACCAUUCUCAGGUUUGUCCCCAGGAGCUUUAAGCAAUGCAGAUCUUUAUGCAGCGCAUAAGGAGAUUUAUCUGGGUUCUUUGUGUGAAGUUGAAGAUAAGCCAAAUCCAUGGCAGUUUUGGAUGGUGAUGCUUAAAAAUGGCAACUAUGAUACUAAGUCUGGUUUGUGUCCUCAGAAUGGGAAAAGGGUACCCCCUUUUAGUCCAGGAAGGUUUCCUUGCUUUGGAGAUGGGUGUAUGAAUCAACCUAUAUUGUAUCAUCAACGAACUAAGCUCAUAGAUGGUGAUACUUUGAGAGGAAGUUUCAAUGGGACUUAUGAUUUGGGUGCUGAAAUUGGUGGUGGACUUAGCGGAAUCUCUUUUUAUGAAGUGGUUUGGGAGAAAAAAGUUGGUGCUGGAAGUUGGGUCUUCGGCCAUAAGCUCAAAACCUCUAAGAAGUACCCAUGGUUGAUGCUGUACCUCAGAGCUGAUGCAACCAAAGGAUUUUCUGGAGGGUAUCACUAUGACACAAGAGGCAUGCUCAAAAUUCUUCCAGAGUCACCCAAUUUCAGGGUUAAAGUGACAUUGGAUGUCAAGCAAGGGGGAGGAUCCAAGAGCCAGUUCUAUUUAAUAGAUAUUGGUAGCUGCUGGAAAAACAAUGGUGAUCCUUGUGAUGGAGAUGUACUCACUGAUGUAACCAGAUACAGUGAGAUGAUCAUCAAUCCUGCAACUCCUGCUUGGUGUGGUCCCAGUAGUCUAGAGAACUGCCCACCAUAUCACAUUACCCCAAAUAACACAAAAAUUCACAGGAAUGAUACAGCCAACUUCCCCUAUGGGGCUUAUCACUACUACUGUGCUCCAGGGAAUGCCCAAUUUUUGGAGAAACCAGUAAGCACUUGUGAUCCUUAUAGCAAUCCUCAGGCACAAGAGCUAGUUCAGUUGCUGCCUCAUCCCAUAUGGGCUGAAUAUGGCUAUCCAACAAAACAAGGGGAUGGUUGGGUUGGGGAUGCCAGAACUUGGGAGCUUGAUGCGGGUGCACUGUCUAGUAGACUGUACUUCUAUCAGGAUCCAGGUACCCCUCCUGCUAGAAGAAUUUGGACAUCCAUUGAUACGGGUACUGAAAUUUUCGUCAGCGAUAAAGAAGUAGUGGCAGAGUGGAAUCUUAGUAAUUUUGAUGUCAUUCUCACAUAGUUCAAAGUUAAAUCUUUAACCUUUUUAUUCUUUUCUUUCUCUUCCACAAAUUAAUUGAAGUCUACGAAGCAUAGAGUUGAGAAAAAUUCGUCAUCUGAGAUAUUGCUAAUAUAAGAGUGCUGGGAUUUGAGAGGCCGAACAAGUCCGCAAGGACAGGCAACCUCAUCCCGAAGACAAAAUUAUGUAAUCCAAUUCUCUUCGCAAGUGUAAAACGAAUUUUCGAGUUUUCAGUAUGAAACCUGGGACGAAAUGAAUCAACUUGGUUAA